GUGAACGAGACGACGAGCGUGAAAUCCCGUUUGCUGGACACCACCAAGAGUGCCUUGAACGCGACGACGGACGCCACAACGACGCCAGUAUUGCCGACGCUGUCGCCGGAAUGGAAGUGCCAACUCCACAAUGACUACUUGUGCAAAAUCCUGGAGAAGACGUUGCGGAUGAAUUUGCAAAAGGAGAUGUUGAAGAACACGACGCUGGACUCGGACCUCGUGGUCGGCAACGACACGUUCAAGGCCGGUACCACGGUGUCUGAGGAGUACUUUAAGUACUACACGCUCAAGGUACUGCCGCCGGCCGAGGGCAAGGGUUACUGGGUCGACUUCAAGUCCCUCAAGCCUGGGGCCGUGCAGACCAAGACGGAGUUGAUCAACAGCCACCGGAAGGCCUCGCACGUUGCGUUGACGUUUGACUUCCCGUUCUACGGGCUGAAUCGCCGUGCCGUCACGAUCACGACCGGCGGGUUCCUGUUCAUGGGCGACCAAUUGCACUCGUGGCUCGCCGCCUCGCAAUUCGUGGCGCCCCUGAUGGCCAACUUCGGAACGGACUAUGCCAACGACUCCGUGAUCCACUUUUUCGACAACGGCACCACGUUCACUGUGGAGUGGAGCAACGUGAUGCUGGUGGACCAACUGGACGCUGGCAAGUUCUCCUUCCAGGCCUCGCUCAAGGAGAAUGGAGACAUUAUUUUCGCCUACGGGUCCCUGCCCACGAAGGUCUCUGAAGUGAGCAACGCGUCGCACCCGGUCAAGAUCGGCAUCUCGGACGCCUACACGAUCCAUCACGACAUUCUCUAUUUGAGAAGGAAGACGAUUUACGAGUACCACCGAGUGGACCUGAAGGACAAGCACGAGGAGAUGGUGACCAACGGCACGGCCUUCUACUUCACGGCCCACAAGACCUGCGUGUCCUUCACCGACUGUCGGUCCUGCCUCACGGCCAACGUGUCCUUCCAGUGCAUGUGGUGUCCGCAGGCCCAACGGUGUUCCGACGGCUUUGACCGGUUCCGCCAGGACUGGCACUUGGCUGGCUGCGACAAGGUCUUUUUCACGUCGCCGGCCAAUUGCACGGUGCCGCCGACGGUGCCGCCGACGACGACGCGAGUGAGCACCGCGACCUCGUCGACGGCGACAACGACGCCGUCGUCGGCGGCGUCUUCGUCGUCGUCGUCGCAUGAGGCGACCAAGACGGACGGGCCGCCGACGAGUAAGAAGGCGUCGCCGAGCCGUGGAUCCACGACGCCGAGGGACGAUCUCGACCUCGGGUUUACGCCCAAGCCUCGUCAACCGGCAGUGAUCCCCAAGUACAAGCCGACGCAGGCGCCGCCAGUGUCGGGCAGCGGCAGGACGGCCGCCCCGGAGAAGGUGAAGGCGCCACGCGAGGACGACGAGGGGGACGCCGAACCCUACGUCGGCACCACCGGCAUCGUCAUGGGCGUCCUGGUGUCCAUCACGCUCGUCUCGACUGCACUGUGGGUCCUGUAUGCGUACAAAUUCCCGCAUUCCAGGUCCGGACAACUCCUCAUCCGGUAUCGUCCCACGCAAUGGAGAAUGUUUAGAAGGGAGGUGCGUUACACGGCGACGUCUCUGCACAUGUGAUCAAACUCAACACGAGGUCUUCAUUGAUGACUGAGUACUACGGACCAGGAAACUGAGGAUUGAGACCCGCUUCUCUCCAAAAGGUGUCUUCACUGUCUUGUCUGUCGAAUCUACUAGUGCCGGACCGGUGAGUUCUUUUCAAAAAAGAAAAACAAAUUAGUUUCUUUGCGUUUUAUUUGGCUUCCGGAAUGUCAUUGUAAGAGCUUCAGGUUUUUUUUUUUCUUUCUUUGUUUUUGUGUGUGGUGAAAAUGUAUGUUUCUUUAGAAAUGCUCGGAGCGUAUGAGGUUGAUCUGAAGAGCUAGAAAUCUGAGGGAGCCGUUACAUACUUUUGAUUAUUUUUAUUGAAGUGUUUCCAUGAUAAUGAGUCGCCGCUGGAAUUGUAAUUAAGCUCUUCCCCACGCGUGGUUAUCAUCAUCCCCUUCUUCUUUUGGAAUAUGAGGCAUGUUGUGUUUUAUGCGGAUGUAUUGUUUUCCUGCGUAUAUUUCCGGUUGUGUCAUUCCCAGAAAGAAUUUUGAGUUACUUGAAAGUCUGCGAUGUUCAACUGUCAGAAACUGGAUCCAGUUUGAGAGGAAGGGUAGUCAAAAGGAAAAAAAAGAAAAGAAAUGUUAACGUUUCAGGACGAGGAUUUUUUUUUUCGACAAAAAAAAUCCCCGCAUAUUUUCACGUCCUGUUUCUGACUGACUGUGAGCAAGGGCCAAGUUAAAUUUGGAGAAGUGCCUAUUCUUCAUGCUUUUAUUGAGCUUUCACUGUGACCAAUGGUUGGAGGAACUCCAGAAAAAUUGCUCUAUUCUAUUUCGACCGUGUUUUUUCCCCCCAGCUGUGAGUACUGUAUGUUCACGCAUUGACUUGGAAUACUUUUUUAUUUAUAAAAGACUGACUUUAUUUUGCUGACCAGUCAGAAAGGGAAGAGAAUCUAGUUACGCGAUGUUUUUUUUUUUUCUGUGGUCCUGAUGUUCUGUAAAACUUGCACGUUUUAAAAGCUCGUGAAUGGGAAUCCACGCACGAACGCGUGAUUUUCUGGGCAAUGAGAGGGAUUUUUUCUGUCGUUUUUUUUUUUUUUUGAAAGAAAUUUCUCGUUCCGUAUUUUUGUCUUUUCAUUUUUUAUUUGUUGUUCCUUCCUUCUGUGGACCGUCCGGUUGAACGUUGAGGGGAACGGAUCUGUGGUGCGGGACGUUUUCUUCCACCUUGGCCGAGAUCUGCGAGUUAGAGAUGAUUUAGUCGGGGGCACUGUAACGAUUGCUUGCAUUACGCGUGUUGUACUUGACAAUUGUGAGGGACAUAUAUGAGCAUACUUUUCUAA